AUGUAUUUGGUGAUAUCGGCAUCUAGCCCUCUUCUGAAGGGCUCUCAGGACAAUUUUGUUCUAGUUUUAAGUGCCUUUGCGUUGAUGUCUGGAUGGCUACUCUGGAGACUUGGGAGAUUCACUGUCUUUCCUCGAAUGUACCCAGACGAUCCACAAGAAUUGCCGUAUUGCAUUCCUAUUUUAGGCCACGCACAAGCCUUCUUCAACAACUCUAAUGCCUUGAUAACUCGAGCCAGGGCUUAUUUCGGUAACAACAACGAGCCGUUUGCAUUGACCAUCGCCGGAUCGAAAAUAUACGUCAUCACAAAGCCCAAGGACGUCUCUGAUGCGUACCGAAAUAUGAAUAGCCUAUCCUUCAAUGAGUUCGUCCAAGCAUUGAUGCGGGCUUGCGGGAACACUGAGUCCUGCAUCCAAGCAAUGUACACACCACUGCCAUCGAAUAAGGGGGGUUUUGCGAACCCACGAGGAAAAUCGCUGGCGACAUUGUCGCGGAAUAUGCAUAUUCGGCAGUUACUUCUAGGGGAUGGUUUGAAUUUUCUCGAGAAUUCCUUCCUAGAGUGGUUUGAUGUGCGCAUGGAUAUUGAAAAACUGCAUAGUGCUUGUCCUUAUGCUAUUAAGUCGACCGACGUCGACAUUGUGCUCCCUCUUAUGGAAUGGUGCUCCGAUAUCUUCACCAGUGCGGGCCAGAGGGCGUAUUUCGGAGAUGAGCUCGGCCAAAUCGAUGAUACUCUUGCCAAAGAAUUUGUCAUUUUUGAUGAUCUUAGUUGGCAAGUCCUCUACCAGUAUCCCGAUUUCCUCGCUGGAGAGAUGAAGCGGUCCAGGGAUGUCAUCCAGCGUGCAUUGAAGAAGUAUAUCCAGCUGCCUCAGAGCCAGAGAUCUGGUGAGGCUUGGUUUACUAAAGCCAUGGAGAACGAGAUGCGGGCUUUAGAUAUUAGCGAGGAUGACAUUGCAACCAUGUUCAUGACUAUAUACUGGGCAAUCAGCACGAGCACACGCAAAGUUGCCUUUUGGAUGCUCAGCUACAUCCUCCACGGCCCCUCACUCACCCAAGUGAUCCGCGACGAAACAAAAGCCGCCUUCAAUGAAGAGGGCAAGAUUGAUCUCGAAUAUUUGCACAAUCAAUGCCCCCAGCUCAAUGCCAUGUGGAAUGAAACCAUCCGCAUGUCCAGCUAUGCAGCCUCGGUACGCUUCAUCACCAAAGAUACCGUCAUCGGAGGCAAAGUUUUGCGCAAAGGCAACAGGCUCAUGAUACCGUUCCGCCAACUGCACUUUGACCAGGGCAUCUUUGGUGAGACGGCGGACUCGUUUGAUCACGAGCGUUUCCUGGAGAAGGCGGCCUUGACGAAGACUAACAAUUGGAGACCGUUUGGAGGCGGAAAUACGAUGUGCCCGGGACGACACAUGGCUAAGAGAGCGGUCUUAUUGUUUGUUGCUAUGCUGUUGCAGAGGUUUGAUAUCGAGAUGGACGGUUUUCAGCCAAUUCCAACGGCAGAAGAGGGUAAGCCGAUAAUUGGCAUCAUGUCGAUCAAGGAGGGCAGUGACCUGAGGGUGAGAUUGACGACGAGAAAGAAGAUGUAA